CCCACCGCUCGACAGUCGCUCGCGCGCGCCCCCCAUGACUACGCGACGCAGCCAGUUCCUCGCGCGAUCAUUUCCACUCGGCUAGUGCCAAAUCAGACUUCGACGGUCGAGCCAAUAAGAUGUAACUAAUACAAUAAAUGUUAAAACAAACUUAUGACAAGAUACAAUAAUACCUACAAUUGUGAUCAUUUGAUGGAAGCAAUGAAGGCGUCCAAUUUUUUCGAAUUUUUAAAAGUUUAACGUAGUUUUAUUAUUUCUUGGCUAGCUGACAUUUUCGAGUUAAGGUUAGGUAUGAUGAAGGUGUGUGGGCAAUACAAUGUUGCUUGGACUAAGUGCUCUGUAGGACUUUGAUAUGUUGUAAAUCAAUAUGGCGGCAGUUGCCGGGCUCUACGGCCUCGGAGAUGAACAAAGGGGAAGACAUCGGCGCGGUCAGGCUAAUGCAGAACGCUCCGAAUCCAGAGAUGACAAUACAGAGGCGUCGCUGCCAAAAUUACUCAAUCAAGAAGAAGAACAAGGCAAGCCGCCACAGGGCAGCGUUGUCACAUUUGAACCGAUAGAGCAUGAUCAUGACUUUUGCGAGAGGGUCGUGAUCAACAUAAGCGGGCUCCGAUUCGAGACACAACUCAGGACUUUAAAUCAAUUCCCGGAAACAUUACUUGGAGAUCCAUCCCGAAGGAUACGAUACUUCGAUCCACUUAGGAACGAAUACUUCUUUGACAGAAAUCGACCUUCUUUUGACGCCAUCCUUUAUUACUAUCAAAGUGGCGGGCGCUUACGUCGCCCAGUUAACGUACCACUCGACGUAUUCUCAGAAGAGAUCAAAUUUUACGAACUAGGAGAACAAGCAACCAACAAAUUCCGAGAGGAUGAAGGUUUCAUAAAAGAAGAAGAGAAGCCUCUGCCAGCCAAUGAGCGCCAACGCAAAAUCUGGCUGCUCUUUGAAUACCCUGAGAGCUCCCAGGCUGCUCGCGUCGUUGCCAUCAUCUCAGUGUUUGUCAUCCUCCUUUCCAUUGUCAUCUUCUGUUUGGAAACCUUGCCUGAAUUCAAACACUACAAGGUCUACAAUACUACCACCAAUGGCACCAAGAUAGAAGAGGAUGAAGUGCCAGAUUUAACUGAUCCAUUCUUCUUAAUAGAAACAUUGUGCAUCGUAUGGUUUACGUUUGAGUUAAUCGUGCGCUUCUUGGCAUGUCCGAACAAAUUUAAUUUCUUCAGGGACGUGAUGAACAUAAUAGAUAUUAUUGCUAUUAUUCCUUACUUCAUCACGCUCGCUACCGUCGUUGCUGAAGAAGAGGACACGUUGAACCUACCAAGAGCUCCUGUGUCACCUCAGGACAAAUCAACAAACCAAGCUAUGAGCUUAGCAAUCCUGCGUGUGAUUCGACUAGUGCGAGUCUUCCGGAUAUUUAAGCUCUCUCGUCAUUCCAAAGGUCUACAAAUUUUGGGCCGCACACUCAAGGCUUCUAUGCGGGAACUUGGCCUUCUUAUAUUCUUCCUCUUUAUUGGUGUGGUGCUGUUUUCGUCUGCGGUAUACUUCGCUGAAGCAGGAAGCGAAAAUAGCUUCUUCAAAUCUAUACCUGAUGCGUUCUGGUGGGCGGUCGUAACCAUGACAACCGUUGGAUACGGAGACAUGACGCCUGUUGGAGUGUGGGGUAAGAUCGUGGGCUCAUUGUGUGCGAUUGCUGGUGUACUUACCAUUGCAUUACCGGUGCCUGUCAUCGUAUCAAACUUCAAUUACUUCUACCAUCGUGAGACCGAUCAGGAGGAGAUGCAGUCACAGAAUUUCAAUCACGUGACCAGUUGUCCUUAUCUACCUGGAACUAUGGGGGAGCCAUAUUUAGUUUCAGGUCCAAUAAAGAGGACAUCCAUUAGUGACGAUUCAGCGUCCGACUUGUUGGAACUCGAGGACACCGGCGAAACAGAUGAAAAUCUUGGAAGUCAAUUGCAGGCAUUGAGGGAAGAGGAGCGAUUGUUGUUAGAACAGCAGGCAACAAUGUUGGCAACCGGGGCAUCUGAUGAUAUUGCCCUACUGGAACACCUGGAUACUCUACGUCUCAAUCAGAUAAAGCAACGUGAAGUGAUAAGGCAACAAGCAGCGAUUGCGAGGCGUAAUGCUCGCGAACAGAACGCUGAGGUAGCUCCACCUUACCCGCAGCUCCCGGCACCACCAUGCAACGUGCACGUUAAUCAGCUGCAUGCAGCCAGCAGCACGGCAUACGGUGACUCUUUAGAGACUGACGUCUGACCAACGGAUAAGACGAGGAGAGGGAAGUGUGGUCACGAGGUUUGGCGUGGUCGGUUACCAGCUCGUUCCCCACCGGCGUGCCAUGUCUGAUGGCUCCUCGUCUCUAGACAUCUCGGCACCUUGUCCGCGAUUACGAACUUAAAGUGCUUCUAUUCUGAUAUUUAAGUCUAGCUUUUAUUAAUAGAUGCUUAACCCUUAUCGGGAAUACAAUAGUUUAUGAUUAAUGUGGUAGAUUAUUCUCAUCAUGCUUACAUUCUUUUGGUUAUUAGUUUAGUACAAGGCUUAAUUUUUAUCUCUAAUUAUUUGUGUUAACUUAAAAAAGCAUUAAGUUAAUCCAUUGGAUAUAUUAUGAAUAAUUUUCUGUUAUAUUAGAGCGAAAUUAUUUCAAUACAAAUUGUUGAAGUUAUUACUUCAUGUUCAUUUAAUUGUCUUGUGUAUGUAAUGAUUAUGAUGAUGAGAAUGAGCUACAUAGCUGAGGCACGAACUCCACCAAAGCGGAACUAUGCGAAGCGGAGAAAAGAUGAGAGAUUUACUACAAAGGUGAAUCCAUCGAAACUAUGCGGAGAAGUAUUUUGGCUAGAGCUAAACUACUUAAAUGGACGAAGUCACGGAUGUGUAAAACGGUGAUGUAAAAAUCCCUGUGCGCGCUGAAGCUUAGUUACAACAAUAAACUCACUUUUAUCCGUUGAUCGCAUAUGACCUGUGAUGAACAGUAUCCACUGAAGCUAUGUGGUUACUCGGCGCGUGAAAAACAAAAUUAUAUCUUAUUUGUUCUUUGGUGGGGUACGGGCCUAACACAGCUUCUAUUUACACACAUUAUUACAAUAAGUACAGGAAUUGUUCCUGUAAUAGUUUUAAAACUUUAGAUAUUAGAAGGAACAAUAAUGUAAUUAGACUAAGAAAGAGACAUUCAUACCGAAGUGACUACACACAAUAUGGUAAUGCAAUUACAACUUAAUGUUUGUGCUAUGACUAAGGACAAUUACGUAAAUGACACGUUAACACAAACAAAAGAAGACAUCUCAAACGGGACUCCCUAUGUGUUUAUCUAAAUGAACUUUGGACAUUUGUUGAUGAAUAUAAACAAAUAUAUAGGUAGAGAUCCCAUAAUUUUUGGAAGACAUCGACGCUUAAUUAAAUACACUUAAUUGGGUAUUCGAGCACGGUUGGAUCGACUAAUAAAAUUCUAUUCGCUUAUAUGUGUAUACAAAAUGUAGUAGGCUAUGAGUACAUCCAUUUUGAUCAUACUUUAUAAAUAUCCCAUUAUCAUCAUAAUAUUCCAUCAUACUGUUAGUUUUGUUAAGUGAUUAUAUAAUAUUUAUAUACUUUUAUGAUUUAUUGAACCAUAAAAUGUUCUAUAAUUUCGUUUUUGUACUUGUAUAGAGAACGGUAAUAACAAGUGUAAAGCAGAGACUAAUCAUUGAGGAAGUCUUUGUGAGUGUAUACAUAUAAGCUAAUUGGAUAUCGAUCUACCAACCUUGCUCCAAAGUGAAUGGAAAAUGACAAGUCGUGACAAAAAAAUAUAAGAAUGUUUCUUUACGGGCCGCUGUGAAUUUAAAUGGUGACUAUGUAAGAACCUUAGAAAACGGAACACCAAAGGAUUAUCUUUAACAUAAUAUUUCACCAAUAAUGGCCUGUUUAGAAACAUCAAAGUACAGGCUACGAUAUACGGAAAAUGAUCUAGAUUGAUGAUUUGGAAAUUUGGUUUUGUGGCGGAUAAUAUUUAAACUUUCCUGAGGCAAUUAUUACCUUUAGGCCUAUGCCUCGUAUAUACACAGUGGAAAGUCAGACUAAUAGAGUAACAUAUUUUAUACCUACACAGCAGUAGAAGAAAAUCGAGUGUUUUUCAACGCCUGUACACCAGCGCAUUUGGAAUUAUGGACAUUACAUAUUUUGUCCGAUUUUAAACAUUAUUUUCUUUUGUGUAGAGUUGAAUAUUCCAUAAAAAAUUCGAUAGUCUUAUUCUAUUAGUCUGUGAUUAACGAACUUAUUUAUGUUGUCUGUCGUGUAUCAGUGUUACUAUCCCCAAUCCUUAUAUAGAAUGAAACAGCCUCGACUGCACAAGGACUACAAUUGAAGGUGGCAACGGUCAUGAUAAUAACAGAUUAUACUAAUUGUCGAUGUUAAUUUUUAUUCGUAGAAAGUGUAGGUAUUCGUUAGGAAGAUAGAUCAUAGGCACUGAUUUGUUUUACAGCGUUACUCUGGGGAAUGAUUCUUGGUCAAUUAUAUUUUAGUCAACUUCAAUACUAAUAUCUACUUUUAUAUAUCAUCGAACGAGAAAAUAAUACGUACAUUUUAGUGCGUCUUUUGACUCGUUCUGUAAAGGAUUUUCUCUUAUAUAUCUCACACAAAAAUAAUUUAACGUUAUUGAUUUGUAUAGGCCUGUUUAAAUAUUUUAGGCCGCCCGAUUUCUCCAAGACACUUCAAACUAAGUUUAACAAAACUCAAUUUUAUCGAUCGUCAGUUUUGUCGUCAACGUCAACAAAAAAAUUAAAAUAUCGACUGUCAGUACUACCCGUAAGAAGUUAAAACUUAGCUUCUCACAUUUGCUAGCAUCACAUUUUUGGGUUUUGGUAGAAAUAUUUCAGGUUGUAUUGAAUGUCAUUUUUUAUAAUACAUUAUUUUAUCAACGUAUUAAUAAAAUAUUUUUGAAGAUUUACGUUUUAUUAUCUUUUAUAUUAGAACCGAACAAACUUUAAUAGAAUGGGUUUUCAACAUAUUUUAUGCAUAAUAAGAAAAUCUUAAGCAUUAAUAUUCAAAAAUUGAUACAAUGCCAAAAUCAAAUACGAGAAGUCAAAUGAUUUCAGUAAGUAGAGUGGUCAUUAGUAAAAAAAAAACAAAUAUUUAUCAAUCUGCUUUUCCUCUUCCGAAAAAACGCGAAUACAUCAAUGCAUUUAAAUUAUGCCAAUUAAAUCGCUUAUCAACUGGUUAAACAUAAAUGGUUAGUCUUAUCUAAUUUUAGGAUAAAUAUAUAACAAGUAAGGGCUAAGUUAUUAAUAUUUUAAUUACUAUAUCCAUUUAAUUCAGUGAAGUACGAAAGUUGUAUACGUAUAUUUAAAUGGAUUUAUGUUAAAUUAAGCUUUUCCAUACACUACUAAUAUUCAGUAUCGAUACUCAAACAUAGUACAUAAUUAAAACAAGUGUAACGCAAACAAUUUAAUUUUAAUUGUAGAAAUUCAAAUAAUUCUCACCAUAUCCUUUGUACAUUUUAUAGUGUUAAAUAUAAAAAUAAAAGACAUAAUUACAUUAGAUUAAGUAGAUUAGGUAUUAAUAGAAUAAGUUUAUUGUCGUCGUUUUGAAAAUGAUUUACUCAAACAUAUAUGCGCGGUUCAAAAUAUUAAAUAAAAGUAGGUAUAAAGAGAUACACUAAGUUUAAACCAAAAUAUUACUGUCCAAUUAUAUGUUAUUGUUUUUGUUACGUUUUCGACUACCAUACAAUAAAAAAAAAUAGAUGUAGCAUAUUAAAAGGCCGAAACAUGCCCAUUCCACGUAUAAUAGAUAUGACUAGGAAGACAUGUGAAUCUCGCACACAUGUCUUCCUAUAGAAACCGUAGCUAAUAACAUAAAAUUAUAUAACCAUUGAUGUCGCUUCGUAUAUAGACGCAAUUGAUCGCAAUCCGCUUUCCGAAAGGUUGGUUUGAAUCUGAUGUACGAGUAACUCUAUGACUAUAUUGAUUAUAGUCAUAGAGUUACUCGUACAUCAGAUUCGAUAUUGAUAUCGAAGUCAUACUUUUUACGAAUCAUAUUGACAGAUGAUUGCAAAUUUGAUAUUAGACCAGCCUUUGGGAAACUGUGAUUUAUUAAAUAUUACAAAUGCAUAUAUUUACAAGUAAUGUGGGUUAACGCCGUUUAUUAUAAUGUUGUUUAUAUUUGUCAUGACCUUUGGUAACAGUGUGAAGAUCGGUGGCCAAUUAUGUGUUGGGUGUGAAUGUUUUUCCAUUCCAAUCCAUUCCACUUAGUCGAGGCUGUUUUAGACUAUAUAUAUUAGAGAUAAAUGUGUCAACCUUAAUUUAUAUUUAGCCAUAGGUAUGUGUCUAUAAAUACUCUUUAAACAACGCACGGGUCCAUUGACUGAUAAGAUACAGGUAUAUAUUAUUGAGAAUGUCUGCAUACUAUCUAUUAAUGACUAUAAUUGUAACGUAAUAAAAAUCUUAAUUAAUAUCAAUUGAUAAAACCAAAGGAAAUUUGAAAAAUUUUUCUGAUUUUACGAUAUUAGCGCUUCUCAUCUAUUUUUAUGAAAUUUAUAACGAUUGCCACCGCUUAAGCUAAAAGUAAGUUACUGUAGGAAUAAUAUUUAUCACUGACUCUAAAAUUGAUUAAAAAAUAUUUUAUUUUCCAUUACACGUCUGUAUUAUUUAAAUUAUUACUCAUGUAAAGUUGGCAAUACGAUAAUAGUAUUGUCACAAGGCAAGAAUAAAACCGUGUUAUAAAAGUUAAUAAAUAAUAAAUUAAUUUGAAGCAAGGUUACAUCUGCUUGAUAUAAUUUCGUAUUCUGACAUAUUUUUAUAAUAAUUGAAAAAACACGAAUCAGAUAUGAUUAAUUCCUCGUACAGAAAUUUUUAUUCAUUAUACUAAUACAAUAAUUUGUAAAUAAUACUCACAGCAAAUAAAAAGCUUUUGCAAUUUAAAUUUAGACUAAGCGUCUAAUUUCCUAUUUUUUUAUUAAUACUUCAGCUACAAAAUAUAUUAAUAAUAGCUUCUUAAAACAUAAAUUUGUAGUAAUAUUAAAAAAUUUAAUAUGAAAUGGUAAGUUCUAAAUAAUUAAUAUUAAAAUUAAUGGGUAUCGCUAAAUUGUAUUUAACAUGGAUGACAUUUAACCUACUGAAAGUUAACAAGAGCUUUACUAAAUGUGAGGAAUCGCACCGAAUGUUGCUCCUCCUAUAGCAGAUCUACCCGUAACAUAUUAUGUACCUAUGUAUAAUCCGGUGUUAAAAACAAAUCAGUUAUAACCUUCUAAUGUUAAUAUUUAUUACUUUUAAAACAUGAAGGUAGAUAUUCGGGAAAAAAACUCGUGUUGGCCAAAAAUUGCAUUGUGCUUUCAUAAUGCGUAUUAUUAUUUUCCUCAGUAUUAUUAGUUCUUAUGGUUGUCACGGACCCGGUGCGUAACUUAACAUGUUUGUUACCUUUCUAACUAACAAACAAUUAGAAAUAUUAAGUUAAAUAUAUAUUAAAUGUUAGUUAUACGUAAACAUAACUUCAAAUUUGAUACAGUGUCGUCGUUCGUUUACUUGUCAAACAUAUUUUUAUUAUAAACGAAUUGAUUGAGUCAUUCUGGAAUUAUUACGGCGACUGAGGUGGUUUUUAUUGAGAAGGGAACUGACUUAAAUAAUACAACUGCGUUUUAAGUGGCACUUAAUAUAAAUGUUAAGUAGAAAGAAAAUAACACACAAGAUUAUCAUUUACCACUACAUUCAUCCAUAAAAGUUACAGGAAAGUAGCGAUUUGGGCGGUUUAUAAUAAUCCAAGGUCAAUUAAAGAAGGGUAAAGUCUUGUCAAUGUAAUUUAAAAAUAAAAAAUUCAAGCCAAGUAGCGAUUGCAAAGUAAAUGCUAGAUAAAUGAAAAAUAACAAACUUCACAAUGACACAAGUCUGUUGCCCGCGAGCUUUCUUUGCCAGUUCAAAAAUUUUGCAGAUUUGGCGCGGAUUAUUCCAGAAUCCAUAGCUACUUGACAGUUGUGACAAUGAAGUAUGAAAUAUUAUAUAAUUAGAUAGCUUUGAAGUUUUACUGCAAGAAUUUUAUUUAUUAAGAAGUUUAUGAAAUUAAAAUGCAAUUUUAAUCUGUACUCACCAGAAUGCAGGCCACCAUUUUGUGACGCCAUAUUUACACAACAAAUUAUCAUUUUUUAUCGCAGUUUGCUGUGAAAAUUUAAAUAAAAUUAUAGUAAUCAGUUACAAGGAUUUUUAUAUUAGUCAGUCUUGUAGCACUGUAUUGUUAAAUUCUUAACGAGAUGAAAUUGUUCAAUGUUCUGUUUAGAAAAUAAAAUAGUAGAGAUACCUUAAUAUUACUUUUGACAUUUGGAAUGGCACGCCAAAACUCCUAUAGAUAUUAUCUUUACGAUAUUAGUAAAAUUUUCACAUAUUUAAUAACUUUAGUAUUUCACAAAUGUUCCGCCGCCAAUCAAAAUAUAGCGUGACUGGCUGUUUUUUUGGAAUUUCAGUUUUUCGAAGAAUAUAAAAUAAAUAUUUUUUUUAAAUACUUAUUGGAUAACAGUCAAGUAGCAAAUUUAUUUUGUCCACUUAAAACGAAGUUAGUAAUUAUUUAACAGUUCAAGUCUGAUGUCAACAGACUGUAUCAAAUAUGGUCUAAAUAAAAAAUUGUAAUCCAAAACUUAUCGGUACAUUUUAAGAUUUAUAGUUAGGUGUCCGCAAUUCUUAGCAACUUGUGUGAUAUACAAAAUAUAUAUCCAAUGUUUUAGAUGUAUAUCUACUGCUAGUGUGAGUGGUCUACCAUAAGUGUGUGUGUGUGUGCGUAUGUGAUCUACUGUCAAUAAUCGUUUCGUUCACGUGAUCUCCGAAGCCUUGGCGGGAUAUUAAUUUGCAUUUUACAUAAUUAAUAGAAAUUUAAGUAAUACAAAAUAAUAAACACACAAUGUAAUGGUUGUGGAUAUAGAAAUAUUUUCAUUAGGCUGCCGUUAAAUAGGAUCUAAAAAGUUCUUUACCAUGAAAAAAAUGUUUUAAUAACUCUUAGCACUGAUUAUGUAUGCCAAUAUAGAGAUGUACACGAUUAUAAUAAAAUGAUAAUUUUUCUAAUUCACUUGCCCCUUUCCGUCCAGGAUAAAGCGUGUUCAUUCGAUUUAAACGCAAAAUUACCAAAAUUAUAUUAUGAGUACAUUACUUAAUCUUAUUUCGAUAAAUAUUUUCGUAAUUUAAAAACUAUAAGCUGCAACAUAAAAUAGGCUUCCGUUUAAGAUAAAUAAUAUUUCCAUGAACAUUUCAUUUUCAGCUGAGCUUUUUGAUCUCAACAUCUCAUUACUACAUGUUAAGAUAAGAAGUUUUAAUUACCGACUUCAUACAAGAUAAGAUUUUAUAAUAUUAAGAGCUUUUAUACUAAUAUAUUUACAAAAGAUCUUAAGAACUAAUCAGAAUUUUUCGCGAUGUUUAAUGUCCAUCCAGUAUUAUUAGAUAAAUGAUAGAUUUAAAGCUUUUAUGGCAAUAAAUUUGUUAUGAAAGCUCAUUUAUGAUAGUAACAUGUUUUAAUAUUUAUUCAAAUAGGUCCCGUCUAUUAUUUGAUGCUAAUGCCUAUGAUUAGUCUAGAAAAACAAGCACGCAAUUAUUUAAUAAUAAUUAAUCACCUACUGAAGUGACAAGUUAUAAUACGAUUGAUAGUAACUCUACUACCCAAAUAAGAAUCAAUGAAAUUUACAAAGGAAGGAAUUUUCUUGAAUUUUAUGAACGAAAAAGUUAAUGUUCUUACUGUAAAAUAUAAAAAAAUUAAAAUUAUUGUAAGAAACUAGUGUAGACAAAAUAUCACGGUUUAAAUAGAAUUCACCUAAUAUAGAUAGUACGAUUAUUAUGAAUAUAUCUACUAGUGUUUCUAAACUAUUCAAACGCAAUGUAAUUAUUUUGAAUGAAUACUUUCUAAUGUUAUUUAUUUACUACCGGUAUUAUCUAUGGACCUGAUGUUGAUGACGUCCCAUCGUCGCUUGGUUGCGGUAUGAUAAACAAGCAUCACUAGGAUAUUAUUAUUAAUAAAUAAACCACGAUUUAUUGUUUCAUGCCAAAAUUAAUGAAAGAAUAUGGGUUAAGUAAAAAAAAUAUUUAUUUUCCUGGCCGUAUUAUUAUAGUAACUCAGAGUAAAGGAAACUUCAGAACUAUUAACAAUAAAAGUCAAAACGUAACAAUGAAAACUACAAUCACAAAGCAGUGACGUAAUGAAAAUAUCACGACGUGUAACCUAACGGUAAUGAAAGUGCAAACCGUACUGACGUAACAGGACUAGCGCGAGGGGGUGAAAGGGGAACGUCCCAGCGAGGUCCAUAGACAAUGUGGCCGUGUAGUAAACAAAAAUUACAGCUUCAUGACAUUCGGACAUCACGCGAACGUACGAUUCACACUAAGGAAAAUAUAUAUAUUAUAUCGAUUUAUUUCUAAUUUUUUGAGGUCGUCAUAUUUAUUUUAGUCAUUGUUUGUAAAAUAUUAAGCUACCAAAUUCUAUGUGCUAAACUUACUUGGGCUAUUUGAAUUUUGAUACUACAAUAGUGAUGUGCCAAUAAAUUUCGAUGUUUGAAGAAAGGCUCUUGGUUGGCAAAUAUAAAAAUAUUUUUAAUAAUUUUGGUACUUUAUCAAAAAAGGAGUAAGCAUUAAGUCUGUUGAGACUGAGACUAAAUUUACAAAAGGUUUACAUAGUUGGCAAAAAAUAUUGUCUGUAAUUGAUGAUUUAAUCUAAUGAAAUAAGAUCGAGGAGUAAUCAGUUUAUAUUAUUUAUAACACGCGUUGUAAUAAUCCAUUUUUCCACUUUUAUUUCUCCUUGAUCCCAAUGUUUUUAAAUAAAAAGAUGAUUAUAAUAUCAUCCACGUAUUUUGUUUGGUUUACAGUUCUAUAGAAGGUUGGGCCUAUUAGAGUAUAGAAUAUACAACUGUAGGAUCAAAAUUCAAGUCUCAUUUGAGUAACAUAAAAAUAUAGCACUGAGUUAUUAAACAUUGUAAAAACACAUACGUAUUCAGAGCGUUAAGUUUUGUAAUAAAAUUAUGGUAUCGUAUUUAUGCUUUAUAAUACGGAAAUGUUGUGACAACUUUGUUACCGGGAGUGUGCUGCAGAUAGAGUAGGCCAUCCGAUGGGAAUCCGGCGCGAUAAUGCCCUAACAAUUAUAUUGUAGUACAAAUUAGUCUGAAGACUUUCUUUAAAUGUACACAUGGUAUUCCAUGAACGCAGCGACGAUUCGAAUAACUGUUGAACUCAUGUUAUCAAAAGUAGAGAUGUUUUCUCCGAUUGCUGACUUAAAAAAUGAGGAUUAUCGCUCAAAUGUUCUAAAGAUCAUAAAAAGAAAGAAUGUAACCCACGGCACAACCGUAGCACAAGUUGUCACUUCAAUGACUUAAACUCGCUCGGUCCGGUUGUAAUAUUAAUAAAGCUUUAGCAGUAGACCUAAAUAUAUUUAAGUGUCUAAACUAAAAUCUACCAUAUUAAUGUUUAAAAAGAAUGACAAGAGACGGAGAUAGGACAGAAUGAAUGAUCCAGGAUUACAUUCAAGACAUUUCAUUUAGCUAUUUGUAACACAUAUUUUAUAUCCUAUACCGGUUUAAUUAAUUUAUUAUAUUAUACACUAUUUUACAGAUUAUUUAUUUUGGGAGUUUAUUAUGCUUGUUUUGUUAUGAAAUUUAUUAUAUCCUGGAAAUCGGGAAACCGAUAAGAACGAAAUAAAUACCAAGCCUUGGCUUUUUAAUGAAAAAGCGAUGGCGCUCUGGUAAUGGAGUGGUCUCUGUCUUUCAUCUAUUAUUACGAUAAGUAAUGUAGAAUUAAAUUUCUGUUAGCUACCGGACCGCGCGUUUCUCUCUUGUAUGACUGAUGCUUUAGUACAAUAUAUUGUGUAAAAUUAAUUUUAUAUAAGCUACGCCGUCUUAUUUUCCUCCUUAUACAUUGUAAACCCAAUAUUGUAUAAAUUUAAUCAAUAAAGUGUAAUUGAUGUUUAA